AUGCAUACGAAGAACGUGACCAGCACGAGCAAGACAAUUUGCCACUCCAAGAUGAGCUUUGUCGAUCUUGCUGGCUCAGACCGUGCCACUGCCAUGAACGAAAACAUGAAGGACCGAAUACGCGAGGCCACCCAGAUCAACAUAUCGCUGCUGGCCCUGGGCAACUACAUUGGUGCCUUCUCCAAAAGUGGGGCUCAGCGGGUGCCGUACCAGGAUUUGAAGCUGACGCACAUCCUGAAGGACUCUCUUGGUGAAAAGUGUCGCACCCUCAUGAUUCUGGCCGUGUCGUCAUCCAAGCUCAGCUACACCGACAAGCACAACACUGUCAAGUACGCCGAGCGGGCCAUGGGGAUCGAGCAGCAGGCCCAGAAAAACGCCCUCAACGUCAGCGUACACAAGCUGAUGUACAACUCGCUCAUAGAGGAGUACAAAGAAAACGUGGAAGGCCUUCAGCGCAAGCUCGACGAGGUCAGAAACGAGAAGUCCGAGCUCGAGGCCCAGGUGGUCGAGCUCAAACAGAGCCUCGCGACGGCCCAGCAAGAUGCCCUGCUGCAAAUGACACACUGA